AUGAAAUUAAUUAGGUUUAUUGUUAUCAGCUCAUGCUUCAGCAUGCUUACACUUGCAACUCCUCCAGCAUGCCUACUUAGUUGCAUCAAUGAGCUUGCACACAGUUGCCCAUAUGUUCAUAGUGAUUACCAAUGUAUUUGCGCCAAAAAAGAUUCAUUAAUUGGAUGCCUAGUUGACAUUUGUCCAUACGGGACAUUCGAGCUAGCAAGAGAUCAUUUCUUGGGAGUUUGUUUAGAACGGCAGUCGAAUCCAGCUCCACCUUCACACCUUCCACCGAAUGCCGACAAGAGUGGGUCAGAAGUAGCGGAGAACGUCAGCAAUACUCCAUCUACAGAAAGUGAAAAAUUAAAACUUGAAUCUGCCAAGGAUGCAACACUGGAUGGAAAGAAGAACGUGGUGCCCGAUACCAAAUACAAUAGCACCGAAGUGAGGGGCACCAAAAACAGCUCCAGUUUGGGUACUUUCGGAUCUUCUUCACAUAAGUUACCACAAUUGAUUAACGAGCAGCAACAGGAUGGAAGAAGAUCCCGUCAAUCCCAGCCAUUGCCGCCUGGAAGAAGAUUAGACGACCUAUACAGUAACCAAGAGAGGCAAGCAUCCUCGUUCAACUUUAAUAAAAGAUUAUUUAGGGGCCUUCUCUCCAAUAAUACUUACUGA